UCCAUCCGCGAUAACGGUCGCGCACUCGCUAACAUGCUAUCUGGACAGUUGUUAUCGCUUUUCUGGCCUUCCUGUUGUGCAUAGCACUUGCUAUGAAUCGAGUGCAUGCCCGUUACCAUGUGUACGAUAGCACGCAAAAGCAGGCUUCCCAGGCUGCGCCCACAGCGGAGACGACGGCUCUGAGACGGCAGUCGAGCUAUACCACUACCGUUGUCGAUAGUGUCAACGUUGCCGACAUGGAUCCGGAGAAAGAGCUUCCCUUCAUACCAGUUUCACUUCGCCCUCGUUCGGUGUCCUUUGCCCGUCCACCCAGUGUCCGUUCCUCUACCCUGUACGCUUUCUCACCUACCCAGGAGCGUGCCGGCUCAAGUUCCAUCCAUGGUCGUCGCACACUCAUGUCCGAUAGCAAGACGAAAAUCAAUGCGCAUGCUGCUUCGGCUUCGUCGACGACCCUGCCUAAUCCCCAUAGCAGUCAUGGACACGGUGGCGAGGAUGACGAGUCUAUGAAUGAAGUCUCCCUCAACGCUCCGCUUCUUCAUACCUCUCAACAAGACCUUGCCGCCGACGAUUCCGACCCGGUCAAAAAUGCUUCUGACACGUCUUUUGCGACGCCGACUGGUGCCACUUUCCCCAAUCAGUCCGUUCCGCCGCCGGCGUCUGUUACACAUUCUGAUUCAUCAUUGGUGGAUGACGCCAUUAUUUCUCUUGAACGAGGACCCACGCCCAUGUCUCGCUCAUCAACAUAUUCCAGCCAAGGUCGUCACGACAAUCUACACGACCUCCUGAUGAGCCGACAAGGAAUCCCCGGGACCUCUCCGAUUGGGACUUAGUAUUCGUCAUCAAACUGAUUGCGUUCGGAUGCGUCUCGUGGAUGGCUCACUCUCGGCUGCCGCUGAGAGCAGCUCAAUGGACUUUGAUACUUACGGGACUUUUUUACACUCACACUCGUUAGCAUCCUCUCAGGUCCCGGCAUCAUUCAUGGGACUCUAUGUAGCAUUCAUCGCAUAUUAUGCUCUGGAUCACUUAUUCGUACAUAACAUCUGUCAUCUCGGAUACCAUAAUUACAGGCAGCUAAAGAGUUUCGUAACUGUUGGCACUAUGUUUGGCUGCUAGAAUGUGUAGUGUAGACAUGACUGUCACGGCUGCGGAUGGGUUCGCAGUCAGUCCUAGAUGAUUUCUAUGCC